AUGUCUCACACUCCUCCAUUGGAUCCGAAAAAACCCAAAAAUGUCAAAGUAUCGCAGUUGUGCGAGCUUUGUCAUGCUAGAAAAGCCUUGAUCAAAAGACCCAAAAACUUGCAGAAAGUCUGCAAGCUAUGCUUCUUUCAUGUGUUUGAGACUGAGAUUCACAAUACGAUUGUCUCUAACAAGCUGUUUGUGGAAGGUGAAAAAGUCGCUGUAGGCGCCUCUGGUGGGAAGGAUUCAACGGUUCUUGCCUAUUUGUUGAAGCUACUCAACGAAAGACACAACUACGGUAUUCACAUCGUCUUGCUCAGCAUAGAUGAAGGUAUUGUGGGAUAUAGAGACGAUUCUCUUGCCACUGUGAAGCGAAAUAAGGAACAGUACAAUCUGCCCUUGGAGAUUGUUUCUUAUCGUGAAUUGUACGAUUGGACAAUGGAUGAAAUCGUGGCCUGCGCAGGUGUCAGAAAUAGUUGUACCUACUGUGGUGUUUUCCGUCGUCAGGCUUUGGAUCGUGGGGCUGCCAAACUGGGAAUCAAGCACGUUGUGACGGGUCAUAAUGCGGAUGACAUGGCGGAAACAGUGCUGAUGAACAUAUUGCGGGGUGACGUUGCCCGUCUCGAAAAAUCUACUGCGAUCAUGACCCAAAGCAGUGGCUCCCCGAUCAAACGUUCCAAGCCUUUCAAAUAUGCCUACCAGAAGGAGAUCGUGCUUUACGCGCACUACAAAAAACUUGAUUACUUCUCCACGGAGUGCACAUACGCUCCAGAAGCGUUUCGUGGUACUGCUCGCGAGCUGAUGAAGAACCUAGAGGCAGUGCGGCCCAGCUGCAUCAUAGACAUAAUACACAGCGGCGAGAGUCUGCGAUUGCUACCCAAGAAAGCGAAACGUGCGCCUCCCACAAGCCAUGUAGAGGUCCGCAGUGAUGGUUCGAUUUCGCUGCCGCGACAAGGCUUUGUUGACGGAAACCGGUGCGAAAGGUGUGGAUAUCUGUCCAGCAACAAAAUAUGCAAGGCAUGCAUGCUGCUUGAGGGUCUUCAACAGAAUAGAGCAAAGAUGGCUAUUGAUAGUGAUGUUUCCGUUCAUGGAGCUGCCAAACUGACCAGGACCUUGGAGAAGCUAACGUUUUGA